ACUCCGUAAUAAAUAGGAUAUAUAGUAUAUAAACUUACACACUAAUGUGAAUCUUUGUAAUUUGGAUUUGUAGUAGGCCAAUUGUAAACAGAGUAGGAAAGUAAUUCAAUAUAGAACUUCCAUAUUUUGAACGUAGGUAGGGUUUUGCCGUUUUGGAAGAACAAAACCUCGAAGAGAUCUCACAAACCGAAAAGGACUAGGAAAAAAAAGAGACAGAAGUAUCAAGUCACAGCGUCUCAAGCCCAGCGCCUCCUGGAUUACUCUGUAUUUUCAUUGCUCUUGCUUUGGGGUUCAUCAACUUCUUCAGAAAUCAAUUUCGCAAUCUUUUCCGAUGAUUUUUUCCGCUCACUAUCUUUCCACCCUGCAGGUGACUAUAUGUCAGCAGUGUGGUUACAAGGGUUCCUCUAAUGCUUUUCUAUACUGUGUCCAGUGUCUCAAUGUUGCUGUGCAUUGUGACUGCCUAGAUGAGAUUCCAGGAACUUUAGAUGAAUUCAUGAGAUGGGUUUGCGAGGACUGUCUGGGUGUGAGUAGCUUAUCCGACCAAUUUCAAGAGGUGUCUAGUGAGAUUGAUUCGACUCUAGAAUCUAAGUUAGGAGGUGAUAAUAGUUCUCCUAUAAAGGUCAAUGCGAAGAGAAAAUAUAAUGCUACUAACUUGGUUGCAGUAACCGAUUGUUCCUCUCGUGAUUCUCUUGAUUCACAUGCAACCAUUGACUCGAAUGAGCAAUCUGAAUCAACUAGUAACUUUCCAUCAUCCCAGAACUUGCCAGAAGAUACGAGUUCCAUAGGAGAUCGAGAAUUUGAUGAGCAGUUUCCCAAGCAUCGUUUCAGUGCAGAUAGUAAGCCCGCAUUGGUUGGUGGUUCUCGUGAAGUGAUUGAUGUGCAAGGUAGUUCCUCAUAUAAAAAGGAAUCCGAGCUUUCAGAAGCGACACAAUUAAGGGAUCAGACUAGUAUCGUUGGGUACAAUUCUUCUCUAUCGAACAAGGGUAAUGAACCUGUUAGUGAUAUUAUCUGGAGGGGAAGUUUUAACUUCUGGAACGCAAAUUAUAGCAUUGUUGAUGGACUCGUAGCACACUUAUCAGUUAAAGCGUGUGAAAAGGUUUACAAGCAAGCGUGUGUAAUGCCGUCUUUGCUUCACCUGGAAAUGCAUCGCAAAUCUGAUGUUUGGCCCGACACUUUCAGCCCUUCGGGGCCAACUGAUGAUCAUAUUGCCUUGUAUUUCUUUCCAGCAGACUCAAGAUGCGAAAAGCGUAUCGAUGAUUUGGUCAAUUUGAUGAUCCGCGAAGACCUAGCGAUGAGAGUGUUUCUGUCAAACGCUGAGCUUUUGGUUUUUACUUCCAACGAACUGCCACUGCGAUACUGGAAAUUCCAGGGCAAGCCCUUCAUUUGGGGAGUAUUUAGAGGGAAAGCAAAGUAAUAGAUGUUUAACUCCAGAGGGCACUAAGCCCUUUAAUUUCUGGGUAUAUUCAAAUCCAGUGAAUGCUUUGGGAUGGAAGACAUUGUUGAAACACUAAUCUCUGAUCUCUGAGUAGUAGUUCUACCCUUAAAUGUGGUAUUUCCUCAA